AUGUUGGACAAUUACAUCCCUCCAUCAUCAUCCCGCUCCGAUGCUGCCAUUAUUGAGCCCGAGAUUGAAAAACCGGGUCCGGUAAGCAUCCGGGAUCGGCUUCGUCAUUUCACCUGGGCCUGGUACACCUUGACUAUGAGCGCGGGUGGACUGGCACUUCUCAUUGUCAGUCAACCCAACUCUUUCACUGGCCUGAAAGAGAUUGGACUGGCAGUCUAUAUCAUCAAUCUUCUAUUCUUUGCUGGGGUUUGUUCUACGAUGGCCACGAGGUUCAUCCUCCACGGUGGAUUUCUCGAUUCUCUGCGUCAUGACCGUGAGGGUCUCUUCUUCCCGACCUUCUGGCUAUCUAUUGCCACCAUGAUUACCGGUCUAUACCGCUACUUCGGCGAAGGAGCUGACCAGUCGUUCAUAACUGCCCUCGAAGUACUGUUCUGGAUUUACUGCGUAUGCACUCUCGCAACAGCAGUGAUUCAAUACUCGUUCGUUUUCUCCUCGCACAAGUAUGGCCUCCAAAGCAUGAUGCCUUCUUGGAUCCUUCCGGCUUUCCCUAUCAUGCUCAGCGGCACCAUCGCUUCCGUCAUCGCCGAACAACAACCUCCCCGCUCCGCUAUCCCUAUGAUCCUCGCCGGCAUUACCUUCCAGGGGCUAGGCUUCUCUAUCAGUUUCAUGAUGUAUGCGCACUAUAUUGGUCGAUUAAUGGAAAGUGGUUUGCCCAGCAGUGAGCACCGGCCCGGUAUGUUUAUCUGUGUUGGUCCUCCGGCUUUCACGGCUCUGGCGCUCGUCGGCAUGGCCAAGGGUCUACCGGAGGAGUUCCGAGUGUUGGAAGAGCAAUAUCCCAUCGAAGAGGCACACGUUAUCGAGCUACUAGCCAUCAUCUGCGGAGUAUUCCUCUGGGCGCUCAGCCUCUGGUUCUUCUGCAUUGCCAUCGUGGCUGUCCUUCGCUCUCCGCCCAAGGCCUUCCAUCUCAACUGGUGGGCCAUGGUCUUCCCUAACACCGGUUUCACCCUGGCGACCAUCACUCUUGCAAACGCACUGAACAGCCCCGGCAUCAGGUGGUUUGGCACGGCCAUGUCGAUCUGCAUCGUCUGCAUGUUCCUCUUUGUCCUCGUCAGCAAUGUUCGAGCUGUUAUUCGAAAGGACAUCAUGUUCCCAGGCAAAGACGAGGAUGGCUAG